AUGCAGCAGUUCACCAAAGGCUUCGACCCCGGCUCCUUUCCCAAAGAGGUCAUGGACAGUCUUCCCCUGUUGUCUGACAAUCCUUUCCCCGGAUCGUAUGCUCACUUAUCUAUCAUCCUGCUCGAGAAUUGUGGCAAGAUGCAGGGAAUCCAGGCAAAUUUGGAGAAUUGGCUUCGUGAGCGUUACAAACGCUGGGCGAUUACUUAUCCAGAUAAUACUAGUAUCACGGAUGAGACAUUCUUCGGUGCCGAGCUCGAGAUGCUCAGAAAAUUAUUGGCACCUUUGCGUGGAGAGGAUGCUACGCAUGUCUACUGGAUGAACUCCAGGUAUCCUCAUAUUGUGAAGGUCUGCCAGCAACUUGAGGCAUCUGUGAAAGUCAUUGAGGAAUUCAAGCAAGACAUUCUCCAGGCAAUCAAGUCCAAAGACGAGCACAAGACCAUUUACAAUCCUCUUCCGGUAUCCCAGGCCCGAGCAGCAAUGAUGAGCAUGAGGGACAUUCGACUCCGCGCGUGCAAGGCUUCUCUGAGCUGGGACGGCUUUUCAGAGUCUGAUAUCGAGCUUACCGUGUUUCAUCAGUACUACAAAAACCACUUGGCCAGGUCGGACCCAGCAAAAGCGCGCGCAUCUGGCUGGCUGCCACCAUCGUCGCCGAAAAUCCCUCGUGCCUCUGCCGAAGAAGCGGAACCGGGUGAUUUGGCUCAUUGGCCAUCUGAGGAUUCCAAUAAUGUGUCACUCAACCUGAUGCUCAAAACGGCGUUGUGGCUGAGCGUGGCAAGAGGAUUGGCUGCCGUACAUCUCUUCUGCGAUAUCGCCAGACACUUCACCAUCCACGAACCGUCUGCAAGGGCCAAUGACAGUUACAUUUCUUACUUGCAGCAUCUUACUCAGAUCAGGAUCUCGGUAGAUGGGGUUCGAUCACGUCGCUCUACACCUUUCCCCUACCGUGACGAGGUCUUAUCCCGCUGCAACCCGGACUAUUUUGGUGAUGUGUGGCGAUCCAACCAGAGUUUGACAGCCGACCUUGUCGGAAACGUGUCUUUCUAUAAAGAACCUGAUGAGAGCUUCAAGCUGUCAGAAGCCCCGCCUCCCCGUUGCUCUUUUCGUAAAGAGAUGCGCACACUCGAACAAACUGUUGCGAUUCAGGGAAGCUUGGCUGGGACCUUGUUUCCUACGCUUGUUCGCCCAAGGCAGGUCCCCGGAGGUGAGCAGAAGGACAGGAUUGAGGCUCCCCAGCCAACACGCCUUCCAGCCACAGUCCCUGCCCUAACCCGAGCAAUAGAACAGACCACCUUGGCAGAUGCUCAUGAACGCCGUGUCGGCAAGCAGGCUUCAUCAAUGCACAGCAAGCAGCCCUAG